AUGAGAGGAGCCCCGACAGGAACUGGCGGAGCAGAGCUGAAUUCCAGUGAUUCUGAUGCUGGCAGUAGCAAGGCCAAGGAAGUGGGGAAGGUAGGCGCUGCCAAACAUGAGCAGUGGUUAGAGCUUCAAAAUUUGGAAGAGUGGCUGGAUGCCUUGCUGGGGGCAGGACAGUACCAGCAGGGUGGACAAGGUCAAUUCACUGCCGCAAACAGAGGGGAAGCAGAGAAGGCGGUAGAGGAAGAAGACAAGAUUAUGACGCGAAAGAAGCACGCUUUCCAGAAUGACCCGGAUGGAGCGGGACAGCCCACCGGGGCAACCGGAGGAGCAGCAGGGAGAGCAAUAGUGGAGGAACGUUCAAAGCCACUUCAGCUGCUGUCUAGGCUGGACAUGGUUCACUACUUGAACGUGACGGGCGGGUGGGAUGAGGAUCUGCCAAUUGUCACUGAGCUGGGGGGGAGCAGGCAGGGGGAGAUUGACAAUUUUGCGUCCAUGCUGGUGCAGGUGCUGGGGGUGAAGGAGAGUGCUGAUCUAAAGGAAAGGUUUGGGUUCUUUGUGCAGCAACUGCUGUCAGGCGGGCUGGAGAUGGCGCAUGCACAGGGGAGGGGGGGAGGUGGGGGCAAGGCUGCUGAGAAGGUGCAUGGGAAGGGGAAGGGGAUGGGGUUGGCUGAGGAGAAGGCUGUCGAGAAGACGUAUGGGGGGGCGAAGGGCAUGUGCGAGGCUUCACCUGGGAGGGAGGAUGGGAGACACGGAGAGGAAGAGGCAGGGAGCAAGGUAGAGAUGGAUGGGGUUGUUGGCGUGUGGGGGAGGGCACGAAAGGACGUGAAGUGGAGGGCGCAUCUGAAGGGACGUGUGUGGGAGAGGUAUGUGGAUGGCAUGAAGUGGAUUCUGGAACAUGGCGAGGAAGCUGCUGUGAAGUUUCCUGUGAACCGAAAGGAGAGGUGUUUUGGGCUUGGGAUAGUGGAGGAGCGUGGUGAAGCAGCUGAGAAGCUGAUUGGGCAUCCUGCAGAAGGCCAAGGAGAUGUGGACUUCCUGGUGGGGUUUGCCGGGUAUGUCAUGCACCCUCCUGCCUGCACCCAGUGCAGCACCUGCUCUGCGGAAUUCAUGCAAUCCGUGUGCAUGGCUGCUCUCAUUGUCAACUUUGCUUACUGCCCCGUCAGCCAUCUGUUCUCCCGCUUGCUCUCGGUCUUCCCUCCCUCCUCCCCUGGCUUCGACAAGCUGGUUGAGUGUCUGGACCUCCCCGCACGCCUGCCCAGGCCGUUGAACCUGCACAUGCUGCUGAGACGAGCGGAGCAAGUGCCUCUGUACUUCCUCAUUCACAUGGCAGUGUGGUGCGCUCGUCCUCUUCUGAAUCUUGCUUGUUCUGAGGGAGGGUACAGUGAGAAAGGGCAGGGAGUGCAGUCAGGUGCACGAAAAAAUGAAGUGGCGGAAAUGGGAAAAGGUGGCAGUGUGAAGGUGCAAGGCUGCUGGGAUGGUGAGGUGUGGGAAGAGGUGGAAAUAUGGUACUUUGCAGCAAUGAAGACAUGGAUGUCAAACCUGAGGGUUGAGGGAGGGAGUGAGGAGUGCAGCGGCAGCAGAGAGCGGGAGAGGCCUACAGGGGGGUUCGAUAUCACGUGGGCUCUUGCAGCGGCGAUCAUCCCGAGAUACUGUGAGGGGUUGCAGGGGCAGCAAAGGUCUGCCAUGGGGAGCAGCAACAAGGGCAGCAGCAGCAGCAGCGGCGGCGGCUGUGAGAAGAAGGGCGAGAAGGGGGAGGAGCCGGCGUAUCUGAAGGCAUGGCCAGGGGGAGUCAAUCUGGUGGCAUGUCUGCGAGAGAUGCUGCUGGGGGAGCCGUGCUACCACCCUGCCUCCCCUGCUGCCCCUUCCAUCCAUGCUACUGCUUCCACCCAUCCUGCUGCUUCCACCCAUCCUGCUGCUUCCACCCAUCCUGCAGAUAGCAUCCGAGCUGGAUCUGCUGCUACCGCUGCUGCUGCUUCAGGUGUCCGAGGCCGUGUGUGCGGUGCUGCGGGAUGUGGGAUGGUGGAGGGUGGCGGAGUGAAGCUGAGGAGGUGCGGUGGGUGUGGCAAGGUGGCGUAUUGCAGCAGAGAGUGCCAAAAGGCGCACUGGCCCUCCCACAAGCUCACAUGCCCUGGCAGGAACAGCGGGGAGAAGAAUGGGAAGGAUGGGAGUGGGGUUGGGAGCAAGGAUGGUCGCAUAAAAAUUGGCAAGGAGAGUGAUUGUGAGGGUUGCGGUGAGAGUGGUGGUAAGGAAAUAUGCAGGCAGGUUAGGAAAGAUGUUUGGCGAGGUCAGUUGCAUAGGCAGGCGCAAGGACAGUGCUAG